AUGAGCAGCGCGGAACUGCGGACGCAAGACGUCGUGAAAGUGCUGACGAAUGAGCACAUCAAGAGACAAGGGAAAAAGACGACAUCGGUGAAAACUGAAGAAGCGACCAAGGCCUUCAAUACCGAGCGUGAGGUUCGUCAGUGUACGUUCUGCGGAAAAUUGGGGCACACGGUGGAAAAGUGCUGA